UUAGUUAGCGUCGCCGGCAGCAGCACCUUGGAGGACCAGCCGAGCAGCUUCGCCCCUCGCCCUGGGGAUCACCACCAGGUUGGGUCUUGUACUCUAGUCGGUGCUGGUCAAGAGCUACUUCGUGCUGUCGGAAGUGCAGCGAGCUAUCUUCUCCACGUGCUCCACACACUUUUUUUUUUCAGGGGUUGCUGCCAAGGCGGGGGGGGAGGAGUCUCCGCCGAGGAGUCUCUCACUGCUGCAAGGCAACCUCGCUGUGGGCUGGUGACCCCUGUGGUCUGGCUGAGACACUGCUGUUACACAGCGGUAGACGUGGUAGGAGCCAACAUGGACGAGGGUGGUGGCGCUGGUAGCGGCGGUGGAGGGCAGCAGCCAGCGAGCGGUGCAGGAGGAUGGGGGGGAGGCGGGGAUGCCCCGCUCCCGCCGAUUUUCGGCAAUGCCAACGCCGAACCAGGCCACGAAUUCAAGGGUAUGGACCUUAACCUAGACGACGUGUUCUCCGGAGUGUUCUUCUCCCCCGACGGCGACCUGCUCGACAUACCCUCAGACGGCGACGAAUCCCUCAAUCUAACCCUCUCCUCCACGUCCAUAAGCGACGGCACCACCCACACGCCGUUCGCGCAGUUCGCCGUUCUCAGCGGGACCGCCGACGACGGGGACGCCGCCGCCGCCGCCACCGCCGCCGCUGCCGGCGGCGUGUCCGCGGAGGCAGCAGCAGCAGCAGGCGCGGGCGAGGCUGUGGGGGAAGGCGCCGGUCCAAUGCCCUCUUUCAGGCGGUCCUCCCACGAGCUCCAGGACCUCCUGAACUUGCCGGGGGGGGGGCAAGGAAGUAUGAUGGACACAGACGAUCCGGCGGCGGCGGCGGCGGCGGGGGUGGGCCCGCAGAUAGUCGGAGCGGCGCCGGGAGUUGUUGCCGGGCUCUCGCCGCAGGGGGCGUUCUUAGGGGGGGGGGCAGGCGUUGGUACCCAGGAGGCGGCGGCGGCAGCGGCGGCGGAGGCGGCGGCAGCUGCCGAGCAGGCGCAAGCGGCGCAGCAGCUGGCGGCGUCGAAGGCGGAGCAGGCGGCCCAGGCCGCCGCGGCGCACGCACAGGCGCAGACGAGCACGCCGUUCGCAGCGAGUGCGGUAGCGGAGAAAGCUCACCCUAUACCCGCCGCAGGCGCUGUGGGCGGGGUACCGAUCCCAACACCAACACCAACGACAGCUCCAGUAGCAGCAGGGGCAUCAUCGUUGCCGCCGAGAGGGGGGGGCAUAUCGGCGGCGACUACCGGGGGCGGGGUCUCCGUGGCGUGGGGAAGGGGGCCUCACUCGGGGGCGGGGGCAACGGCGGCGCCCCGGCGGCAGAGGCAUAAGGUUUCGAGCAAGGACCUCACCGAGGAGCAGCGGAUCGAGAGAAGAGAGCGGAACCGUGAGCACGCGAAGAGGAGCCGAGUGAGAAAGAAGUUUCUUCUCGACUCCCUUCAACGUAGCGUGGACGCUAUUCAGACGGAAAACGAAUCCUUGAAGGGGUCUAUCGUUGGGUCCCUUGGAGAGCGAGGCAGGGAGCUGGUGGCAAAGUGCAUGCCGGCGGACACGGGGGGUUCGUUGAUACUGGACGAUCCUGACUAUUCGUUGGUGAAGGCGUUACAGACGGCCCAGCAGAACUUCGUCAUCACCGACGCCUCCUUACCAGACAAUCCCAUCGUUUUCGCAAGCGGCGGCUUCCUCGCGCUAACGAGGUACAAGCUUGCCGAGGUGUUGGGACGAAACUGCCGCUUCUUGCAAGGCGCGGAGACGGACCCGAGGGCAGUCGACAAAAUUAGAAAGGCGAUCGACGAGGGAUACGACACGAGCGUGUGCCUCCUCAACUACAGGGCCGACGGCACGACUUUCUGGAACCAGUUCUUUGUGGCCUCGCUGAGAGACGGCAAGGGCAACACCGUCAACUAUGUCGGCGUCCAGUGCAAGGUGGGAACAGAGAGUAUGUACCGUAGGCGUAUACAUGCACCUCUUGCAGCAUUCGAGUGUGUCGGAGAUGACUACGCCAAGAUUGUAGUUAACGAGCAGAACAGACAAUUCGCAGGCCAGUCCAAGACUCGAACGAGGCCUUUACCCUCGUUAUCUCCGGACACGGGGGGCGCCUCCGCCGCCGCCGCCGCCGCCGCCGCCCCUCCCACAGCAACAGAAGCAGACGCAGCAGGGAAGAAGAGCUCAGGGGUCUAGAGUAGGACGCUGAUUUUUGUGGCUGAACGUUUGCAUAGCGGUUACAUUGCAUCUGUGAUUCCCGUGGGUUGUUUUUCGUCCGGUUGAGAUGUUGGCUUGGAUGGCCGCCAGUGGGCAGCUCUUCGUUUUUGUAGAGUUUUGUUUUACAUUGUUGGGGGUAUUUCGAUUGGAUAGAACCGAAAACGGGACAACAUUAGGUAGAGAGUUGCGGCAUGUUUUUUUCUGGUUGUUCUUGUGUGUUGCGCGCCACGACUUGGUGUGCCGCGCUAUUCUUGUUUCGUCUUGCUACCGCUGCUCCCUUUCUCUCUCAAUCUCUUCUACUUUGCGCACAGGCGCAUCGUCUUGUGCUAUUGCGACUUCUCUACGGCUCGAGAUGCUUCGCCGAACACCUUGUGUGGCUUUCUGAGAAGGCCAAGCAAGGCCCUGCGCCCCACGCCGCGGACGAGCCGUCUGUAUCAUAUGUCUCCCGUGCUGCUGUAUCCAUAAUUGCACCUCAUCUUUUCGUGACCGGGGCGGGACUGGAGUACGUCCAUACUUUUAGAGUUUUUUCUUUCUUCGUGAUCCAAGUGAGAUACGUACAUAGCAAGGCGCUCAGAUUUGACUGAACAGAAAGAAUGCGUCGGGUGUUUGGAGGCAAAAAGGUGAAGCCAUUUUGCCCGAUUCAUCCGACGAAUCGUCGACUGUUUUUUCAACAAAAUAUACUACAAAAACAUCCUCCGUUCACUU